CAAAGAAAAAAAAUAUAAGGAGUAGUAAGUUUUUUGCCUUUUUUUUAAAGGAAAAAUGAAAUGCAUAAUGGAUUUUUGUACGUAGUUGUAUAUAUGCAACCAGGCCAUUUGCAUAAAAAGUAGUAUUAUAGUAUAAACAUAUUCAUCACCCCAACGCCUCUGCUCAUUCCACACUGCAUAUGCAUAUUUUGCUUCACUCAACAAUCAACAUACAUCCAAUUCUAAUUCCAUCUCUCUCAUCAUCUUAUCUUCCAUUCCACCUUUUCUUUCAAUCUCCCAUUAUUAUAUAAACCCUUUUGGUGCUUAUAGAUUUAUCAUACAGAUCUUGAUGAUUGUGUAUAUGUAUGUGUGAAUGAUGAGAGUUUGACAGAGUCCCCAACAAACUCGAUACAUUCAUCAAUUCUCUUCAUUAUUCUUGGAUUCUCAGCUCGAUCUCAGACUUUCUUGAUCUUAAAACCAUGUUGCUGAGGAAAGACAUUAUUGUUUUCUCUCCUCCAUCAUUAAAAGCUCUAGUGUUUGUUGUUGCCGUUGUGGGGUUGGAAAUCUGUGGGGCUCAGGAUAUCAACAGAGCAAGUUUCCCCAAAGGCUUUGUUUUUGGAACUGCCUCUUCUGCAUAUCAGUUUGAAGGAGCUGUGAAGGAAGAUGGGAGGGGGGCAACUAUAUGGGACACUUUUUCGCAUACUUUUGGGAAAAUAGCUGAUUCGAGUAAUGGUGAUAUAGCAGUAGAUCAGUAUCAUCGAUAUGCAGAAGAUGUUCAACUGAUGAAGGACAUGGGAAUGGAUGCCUAUAGAUUUUCUAUUGCAUGGUCAAGAAUUUUCCCCAAUGGAGCCGGAGAAGUGAAUCAAGCUGGGAUUGAUCACUACAACAAACUCAUUAAUGCUUUACUGGCAAAGGGUAUUGAACCGUAUGUGACACUUUACCAUUGGGACCUUCCUCAGGCACUGGAAGAUAAAUACAAUGGGUGGCUGGACCGACAAAUCAUCAAGGAUUUUGCAGCAUACGCAGAGAUUUGUUUCCAGAAAUUCGGUGACAGAGUGAAGAACUGGAUCACCAUAAACGAGCCACAUACGGUUACAAUCCAGGGGUAUGAUGUGGGGCUUCAAGCGCCAGGGCGGUGCAGCAUCAUCCUUCAUACGUUUUGCCAGGCUGGGAACUCUGCAACCGAGCCCUACAUUGUGGCUCACAAUUUGCUCCUUUCUCACGCCACCGCAGUGGAUAUCUACAAAAGGAAAUACCAGCCAAAACAACGUGGGAGAAUCGCGAUAACAAUCGAUAGUUUCUGGUAUGAGCCCAUGUCAAAAUCCAGAGCAGACAUUGAUGCAAAACACCGAGCGCUCGACUUUUACUUAGGCUGGUUUCUUGAGCCUGUGAUUACUGGGGAUUAUCCUAGGUCGAUGAGAAGCAGGGUAGGCGAUCGAUUGCCUAAAUUUUCUGCAGCCGAGUCGGCUCUUGUGAAGGGAUCUUAUGAUUUCGUGGGUAUAAAUCACUAUACAACAUGGUAUGUUACCGACAACAAGACCAACAUCAUCGGUAUAUUCCUCAAUGACACGACUGCAGACUCCGGCGCCGUUACUCUCCCAUUCAGAGGUCUGAUACCAAUUGCAAAUAGGGCUAAUUCAGUAUGGUUGUACAUAGUUCCUCGUGGGAUAAGAAGCCUAAUGAAUUACAUCAAGGAUAAAUAUGGGAACCCUCUCGUCAUGAUUACUGAAAACGGAAUGGAUGAUGCUAAACAGGACGGCUUACAUGACGUGAAAAGAAUGAAGUAUCAUAAUGACUAUUUGACAAACUUGCUAGCUGCAAUUAAAGAGGAUGGGUGCAAUGUGAAAGGGUAUUUUGCAUGGUCACUUUUGGAUAACUGGGAAUGGAUAGCUGGAUUCUCCUCAAGAUAUGGUCUGUACUAUGUUGACUAUAACGACAAACUCAAGAGAAUUCCCAAGGAUUCUGUCAAGUGGUUCAAGAAUUUCUUGACUUCUGCUACAAAUCCUUGAAUUAUGAUGAGGACCAUAAUUUCUUUUAUCAGAUGACACCGAGAUUCAUAUCCAAGACCUUCACAUGUAAUUGGCUUUGAAUAGUGAGUAGGGGUGAGUUGAUCUUGAGGUUCAUUUAAUUCUCCCCUGCCGUCUUUUGUUUAUUUAUAUCAAAUUAAAAGAGGUACUUUAUCUUAAUUAAAAGUCCAAACUGAUAAUUGGAGUGCAUAUUAUUUAUAAUUUAAUACAUUAUUAAUAUAUUAUAUGCUCAACAUCA